AUGACAUCGUGUAAUAACAGAAAUAUUUAUGUUAAUGCUGAUAUUGAACGUGGUGAACCUGAUGAGGUACCGCAUCGAUCUCGAAAUUAUUCUGGUUGUGUUCAUAGGCCCGCAUCUAUAUUUACAGGUCAGUUUCAAAUUCGUAUUCUUUGGAGAACUGGUUGGUUAACUGAGAACAGAGAGAUAUGUGGUGAAAAAAAAGUUUAA